AUAAGGAUAGUAUCACUAGGGUUUUCUCUUCUUCAUUGAUUGAGGUACCGCACCUGAGGGAGGGAGCUCACAGCAGCAUCAACAAUGGUUCUCAAGACAGAGCUCUGCCGUUUCAGCGGUGGCAAGAUAUACCCAGGGAGGGGCAUCAGAUUUAUUCGUUCAGAUUCUCAGGUGUUCCUAUUUCUCAAUUCAAAAUGCAAGCGGUACUUCCACAACCGUCUGAAGCCUUCCAAGCUUACAUGGACAGCCAUGUACAGGAAGCAGCACAAGAAGGAUAUUGCACAAGAAGCUGUCAAGAAGAGGAGACGCGCCACAAAGAAGCCUUACUCUAGGUCCAUUGUGGGUGCAACCUUGGAGGUAAUCCAGAAGAAGAGAACUGAAAGACCAGAAGUUCGAGAUGCUGCUAGGGAGGCUGCUCUUCGUGAAAUCAAGGAAAGAAUCAAGAAGACAAAGGAUGAAAAGAAGGCUAAGAAAGCAGAGGUAAUGGCAAAGUCACAGAAAGGUGGAGGGAAAGGUAAUGUGUCAAAGGGAGCUGCAGGAAAAGGCCCUAAGCUUGGCGGCGGCGGCGGAAAACGUUAAGCUAUUGUUUAUGUUUGUUUUCGAAGUAGUACUAGAGUGGUUUUUGCAUCUUGAUUGAAUGUAAGUUUUUUAUCCAACUGCAGAUCAGCAGUUAAAACAAUAUAUUUCUGAAUUUUGGUCUUGUUUCGAAUAUGCAGAUUAAUUACUCUUGUUUCAUUAUGAGAAUUAUCUUCCUUGCACCUAA